AUGGCUUCCACCCCGCCAAGUCUGCUUGAGUACGCCAGAUUCUACAAUGUUGCAGAGGAGUCUACCAGAUAUUGUCCGCUUAAUUAUGCAGACGACACUUGUGAGCCUAAAACCCCCGUUUCCCCUGUUGAGGGUCUCGAACCCGAAUAUCCAGGAGAACGCCUCAAAGAAAUCGACAGACAGUUCCGCACCGACCUCAUGAUGGAGAAGCUCGAAACCAAGCCGGAGGAUAUGGAGAUGCUGAGCGGAUGUCUCCAGCUCGAUUCUGUGGAGGGAAACAUCUGGCGUGGCAUUUUGCCUGAAGUGACAACAUCUGACUCCAAAGGCGAGACGUUUCUCCUCUCAGCCGAGGAUGAGAGAAUGGUCACGUCGGCCGAGUUUCACUCCACGUUCGCUCAGAGUCCGGCUCCCUCUUCGCCUGCCCCUUCAGUUCGCCUGGUUGUUCCUAGUGGUCCUGAUGUCCCCGUCGUUCCUAUGAACACGCGGGAUGUCUUUGAUCAAUACAAUUCGGGAAUGUCCCAGUCAACCAGUGGUGACGGUUUUACUACGCCUGGCAAUAUACCUGUCCAGUCCUCGAACAUUUCCACGACAUCCCAUCUUGCAGGAGACGCUUUUUACCCCAUCGUGGACGAAUCUGGAACCGUCCAUCAGUUUGUCAGUAUUGAGUCUGACCCUGACCCAAUUUCCUCUAUUCAAGAUCUGGAGGCCGAGGCUUAUGCCCCAACCGUACUGAGCUCUGAGCAUGCCACCGAAAGUGAAUUCAGUGCAUUUGAUUUUGAUAACGCCCCAUCCACACCUCCAUUCUUCGAUGUCAGUUCGCACACCAAAUCGCAACCCAACUUCCCCAUUGUUUCUCCCGAUCUGACAAAAGAAAAAGGUUUCUCCGCUGGCAGGGGUGAGUGCCAGAAAGCGCAAGCACGCAGAGACUUGAAAGGAAAGAAAGGGACCAAGGCCCUUUUGGAGCACAUGGCGGAUACAGGAACACCUGGUGAACAGAAGGGAAUCGUGACCGCUUCUAUCAGUACGCUUCAUGAAGGCAUGUUUGUGACAAAGGGAUGUUCGAAUUCCUCGAUAACUCGGCCAGCAAACGAUCGAGAUAUCACUCACCUAGCACGAGAUUCGCAUAAUAAAAACGAUAACCAUGUUUCCAUCAAAACUCCUUAUGAGCAAAACCUCAAUACUAUGGCCACACAAGAAUCCUCGUCCAUGGACAAGAGAGACUCUUGCAUCGCUCAGCAGGAGCUGUUUGGCGUGAAAUUGGGCUACAAUUCACAUUCCACGGGAUUGAGAAUGGACCCUUUCAAGCCUCCACAUACUUUUGCUUCCAUAGAUUAUACAGAGACCCCGAAAUCUUCCAAAGCAGUGUCUGGUGGCCUCGGAUCUCUAUCGCUGUUUAUGCAAACUAGAGGUAGUGAUGGAGAAUAUGUUAGCUCGUCGCAUGAUCCAUCAUCACUUUCCUUAUCAGAAUCCACAAGAAGUGGACAAGGCGAGUUCUCAGAUGUCCCUUCACUUGUGGGCGACAGUUGCUCAGACCCUGAUGAGAAACCCUCGGGUUUUUCUCCGUUGCCGAGCCCUGCCUUCUCCAUGCAGGAAAUGGUGACCCGAUCAGCAUUCAAUCCCCCACCAGUGUUCUUCUUGUCUACCACCCUCCCAACAACUCACCCGGAAUAUGGGGACGCUUCCUCGGAUCCCCGGUACCACUGUGAUGCGGAAAUCAUUCUAGCACCUGACUCUGGGCUUAUUCUGACAACCCCCCAUGAGCUGACCCAGCGGUAUCUUCCCGGGCAUGGUCCAAGGGAUGCAAGUCUCAAUGGAAUCCAGGGAAUCAACUCCCCGCUUCGGGAGAAGAUUUUCCGCUUCAUGCAUCGAUAUGCGCUUCUGGUAGUUCUCAUCUGCAAACCUGACAGAACAGACGUCAGCAGAGUCGCGAAUGCCUGUCUGGUAAGGGAAAUCAGCUCUCUCACUGAAUUUUGUGACACCCAGGAGGAAUUGGCCACGACAUUACUGAUACCGAUCCCGAAUCACUCGUUAUACAUUGUAUUGUGGUGUUUCGGUAUGGGAAGGCUUCGAUACGAAUUGUAUCCACCUGGAAUGAUUGAAAGGAUCACGGAAGGUGAAUCAGAAUACGAAGUCGCUCUCCGCGACCUGGGACUUAAUCCUUUCGCGGCACGGCUCAUUUUGGAUGACAUUCGUGUGGGCGGUUUCAACCAAGUGACUGAUUUCAAAUUAGAUCCAGUCCCCCUGCCCUCUCAUGAGACAGUUGCCAAUGCCAGCACAGACUCGAGAGCUUUUGAUAUGUUUGUGAGUAUGAGAUCCUUUUUCCGGAAUAUGGAAUACGGAUCUCUCGUUGGGGAGGGGGUUAUACACAGGGUAUCGGAGGUGAUUGAUUCAACGGUUCACUCAAGCUCCGAUGAGAAUGAGAAUGACGAGGAUGUUUAUGGUGGUACUUGGAUUAGCUCCGAUUAG